CGAAAAAGUUGUGGCCCCACCUUUGAUGAAAUUUGGUUAUUUUAUACAAAAGGUACUAGUAGGGGCAAUGGACAUUAUAAAGCAUCUUGUCAGCACUGUUUAGCUGUUUGGGAACAUGGAAAACCACAAGUCAUGAAAGCACAUUUGGCUAAUUACUGUGUAAAUUGCCCUGAAGAUAUUAGCAAUUACUGGCGUCAAAAGUUAAUUGAAGAAGCUAAUACAAUUUGUACUCAAGUAAAUGAUUUGCAAGAG